UCCAUUCUGCCUGCUUCCCUGGUCCACCUCACUACAAUAGCCAGGCUCUGCUCUGCAGGAGCGCCUCUGUCGGCUCAGACUGACGCGCCUUAAAGCAGCGCCACACGCAUCUUUACCGCUACCGAGACGCGUAAAAUCAGGAAUAUGGUGCAACUCUGAAGGUUUAUGUGGCAUUUCGGCUCUUUGGGAUAGCUCUCAGUCGCCGGGGAUUUCUGAGGCCAGCCUUCAGAGACCGCAUACCUCGUCUUCCCACUCCAUCUCGCAAUUCCUUUCACGUGACUAGCCGCUGCUCAUACUCCUACCCCACUGCUGGCACUGAACUCUGCAGGGAUGGACACUGAGUCGACCCACUCUGGCUACUCCAGUCGGUCUGGGAGGUCAAACCGCCACGGAGAUCGAGGCCGAGAAAGACACAAAGGUGGCAGCAGCAAGGACAGCACUCGCUCUGAGAGGUCAGUGGUCAUCAACCCGCCUGAUACGCCAUCCAACGAAUCCCCUGUUCAGAAUGAAGAGCCACUGCCUGGAGAACCAUCAGCAAAUGCGGACCCUGGAGAUGAAGCACAGGAUGAUAACUGGGGAGAAACCACCACAGCUGUUACAGGAACCUCUGAGCUCAGCAUCUCCCAGGAGGAAGUGGUUGGCCUUGGAAAAGAGAUCCAGGAUCGAACCCAGGGCUUCCGGCGCUAUCUCCCCCUGGCAGUUGGCUCCUGUGUGGGUCUGCUGGUGCUGGCCACACCUUUGGUCUUCCUGCUUCUCCCAGUAGUGAUGUGGCCUGACAGACUGCAGGCUUGUGGCGCAGCUUGUGAGGGUCUCUUCCUCUCUAUCUCCUUCAAAAUCCUCAUCCUCCUUGUUGCCGUUUGGGCCUUGUUUCUGAGGCCGAGCCGGGCCUGCCUGCCAAGGGUAUGUGUGUAUCGGGCCUUCCUCACCACUCUCACACUGCUGCUCACCAUGUCCUACUGGCUUUUCUAUGGAGUCCGGAUCCUAGACGCACAGGAUGAAGAUUACCACGGUAUUGUCCAGUUUGCAGUGUCCCUGGUGGACUCCCAGCUGUUUGUACACUAUUUGGCAGUCGUACUGCUGGAGCUCCGCCACAUCCGACCCUGCUACAGUGUGUGUGUAAUCCGCUCCACAGACGGAGAGACACGCCACUACAACAUUGGGCAGCUAAGCAUUCAGCGGGCCGCUCAGACCAUUCUGGAGUAUUAUUACAGAGAUUUUCCCCUGCACAACCCUGCUCUCCUGUCUGCCUCUAAACACCGUACUGCCAAACACCUGGCCGGCCUGAAGGUCUACAAUGUGGACGCCCCAGGGAGCACGGCUGCAGCUCAGCCCACUAAUGGAAAUCAGUCACGGUCCAUGGUUACACCUGCUGCAAAACGCAAAGACAAUGCACACAGCGAGCUGUACUAUGAAGAGGCAGACUAUGAGAGGAGAGUUCGCAAACGCAGAGCCAGGCUGGUGGUCGCCGUGGAAGAAGCUUUCACACAUGUGCGACGCAUGAAGAAAGAAGACGAGAACGCUACACCGUCCGACAUCAUGGAUGUGCGUGAAGCCGCCCUUGCUAUAUUUCCCUCAAUGGCUCGUGCGCUGCAGAAAUACCUCCGCACCACCAGGAGGCAGCAUUGCCAUAGCAUGGAGAGCAUCCAGAAGCACCUGGCUUUUUGCCUAGUCAAUAACAUGAGUCCUAAGGCCUUCCUUGAGGCCUACCUGGCACCCGGUCCAACCCUACAGUACGGCCCUGAGCGCUGGAUGGCUGAUCAAUGGACGCUGAUCAGCGAAGCCCCCGUCACCAGUGGGGUUAAGGAGGGGUCAGAGUUCCUGCUAAAGUGUCUUGAUUUUAGUUUAGCAAUCACAGUCAAGGGCAUCCCUUACAUCCGCUUGACUGAAGAGUACAUCGACCCCAAGUCUCAUAAGUUUAUACUGCUGCUCCAAUCAGAAACCUCCGUUUAGUAAUAAGACGGUGGAGUGGCGCUGCCGCUCGGUCAAAACCCAGAACUGUGACUGAUAUCUGAACUUUUCAAAAAAUCCCUUUUUGUACCGUUUUUUGUACUUCUGCGUGUUGUUUAUCCAAUUAACUAUCUUGUCAUCACGAGGGACUGGAUCAAUUGAAAAGCAUUUGUUUCAGCAGACGUUUGCAGGGCUCCGUUUAGUUAUUCCUCUAUGCACUACAGACGACCCUCAUAAACAUCUGCGGUGCCUUGAGACGCAUUCCUUUUGGAUUGUUUUAGAUUUCUUUUUUCUUAUAAACCACAAUUUUUUGUGUAUUUUAUGGGGAUUUCUUUAAUGACAGACAACAUAUGGCACAGCUACUAUCCUGCAACUUUUUGAGGUACCCCAUUUUUAACACACCUGAAACAAAUGAGUGGAUCGUUAUCCUGCCUUUGCUGAGCUACAUGAUGGGAUUAAACCUUUAGAGUCAGGUUUGUUAGAGAGGACUUGACAUAUGUACCCCUUAUGUAAAAGGAAACGCACCCGUGCUUCAUUUUUUUCUUUUAUCUGUAAGUCUGAAAUAUUUAUAAAAAAAAUAUUAUAAUUGAGCUUUAUUGAUCUCACACUGGAGAAAUUUACCUCUGCAUUUAACCGAUCCCCUUGGGAAGCAGUGGGCUUCUUCCCAAGUUUUAAUCGGGAAAUGCAUUUGAAUUAAGGUUUUAGACCUUUCAGGAAAUAAUCCCCACAUCACCUCUGACAAAGCUUCCCUGUCCCUCAGGUAGAAAAUCCUCCUCAUAGCAUAUUGCAACCACCACCAUGUUUCACUGAUGGGAUGUUUUAACACGGUGAGAUGCUCCAUUAGUUUUCUAGAACAAACUGGUGGCCUGUAGAGAAGAUUUUCUACAUAUUUGCUUUGUCCCCUAGAAAUCAAAUAAUUUCUUCUUACCUCUCUUGCCGAUUUGUGUCGACAUGACCAAUAUUUGUGUUGUCGGGACUGACCUGAGUGAUGGAUCUCUGCUGAUUGGCUGAUUCUUUCAAUUUCAUAAAUAACAUCCUUUUAGUGAUAUAUUGAAGGACAGAAUACAAAUGCAUGCUAGCUUUUUUGAGUCGUUGAUUUUUUUCAAAUAUAGAAAUUCUUUUCCUUCCACUUAACAAUGAUUCGUUGCCGAGUGUUUGUCUGUCGCAUUACAGUCCCCACAACAACACAUUAAAGUUUGUAGUUUUGUAGUGAUAAAAUGUAAAGCCAUUCAAGGGGUGUGAACAUAUUUUCAGGCCACUGUAUCUUUGAUUAGUUUGCAUAAGUCAUUGUGUGCCUAGGUGCUGCGAGAAGGUUUCUCAAUAAGAACAAAAGAGGAGUUUCUCCCUGUCCUCAGCAUUUUCAUAGAGGUUUAUUUCAUGUUUUUCUCGGGUGAUUUCUUUAUAAAAUGAUUUAUUUUUACCAGAACUGUACUUUACUACCCCAAAGUGUUAAGCCAUGUCUUAUUUUUAAUGUUUUACUUAGACAGUAAUCUUUUAAAAAGGGUUGCUUCCUGCAGGUUUUUUUUAUAAGCUUUCAAUGUUUUGGUGGGGUUUUCAAAGUCCAAAGGAAAGGUAUAAACAACCAUCACAACAAAUUUAAAAGAUCACAAAGUAAACAUGACCCAUUUAAAAGAAAAUAUGAAAAAUGUGCUGUUCAAUACUUUUGGACAGUACUUCUUUUUUAAUUGUAGCAGUUACCAUGUAUUACAGAUGUACAGUAUUUAUAUGUAAAUACACUUUUCUCCCAUUUUACUUUUUGUAUAACAGUUGUGGUUUGCUUGAAACCUUUUUUUAUUUUGUGAUAUAUAUCUUUUUUUACUUGUGCAAUUUUUCAUGAUAUACCUGGACUAUAAACAUGAUUAAAGUCUUAAGAACGGGAUAAAAAAGCACAGUACAAGUGAACAUACUAACAUUAAAGUCAGAUGGUUAUGAGCGCUCUCUCUAUUCACUGCUGUAAACCAACAAAGUUUGAGGGAAUCUAUCAACAGCUGUUUUUUUUGUUGAUGUUAAGAAACAUUUUAUUCUGGAAAUUAAGAGUUUGAAAAAUGGUAUGGUAACUGAAGCACAAGGCAGCUCAGGACCACAGCUGAAAAGGAAACAAGGGACUUGAAAAGUUCAUAAAUAAAGAACCCUGCAGUUCAAAAAGACUGAAAGAACCAAUGGCUGCAAAAAGGUUUAUAAUCAUGUUACAGUAUGCUGAGCCCAGGGACGGAUUUACCAUUAGACAAAAUUAGGCAACUCCUUUUACACGUAUGGUUAAUACAGCUAUUACUUAUUUGUACACAUUAAUUAUGUUUUUGAUUAAAUUGCUUUUGUUAAAAUGCCAUCAGAAUGCUAAUAUUAUGAAUUGUGUCUUGGGGACGCCCCUUCAGUGUCCACCACAUUGGAUGAGUCUGUUUGCUGUGCAUGUACAGAAAGGUCACAACAAACAGCUGCAAACCAUUUGAAACCAAACUGCAGGAAAAGCAGUGUUGCCAACUUAGAGCUUUUGUCACUAUAUUUAGCAACUUUUCAGACCCCUUUAGCCCUUUUAUUACAAAAAAGUGCUUAGUGCCAAAUCUAGUGACUUUUUUUCUGUUACUGAAAACUUUGGCAACAGCUUAUAAAAGAACCAAACUCUGCUCUCCAGAGUAAGUAGACUCGAAAGCCCGCCUCCUAAUCUCCUCUAUCUUAUCUGCUGUUAUGAUUCAUGCAGCUAUAAUUUCAUUUAAAUGAAACAUGGAAAACAGAUAAGCAGAUCAUGGCUUGUCUACAGUUAAAAAGAAUUACUUAUUUACUUUUGCUGUUGCCUUUUUGGAAACAGGAAGAAGCAAUCAGCUAAGUUAGAAUGGGCUUAGUGAUUGGAAAAUGUUGGAUUGCUUUGGAGACAGCAUGGAAAGUCAGCUGAGUACAUUGCCAAUAUGAAAAGAAAAAGGGACACAAGAAAACAGAGCGGAAAACAACAAUAAAAUGAAUAAGAGGAGAGCGACACAAGGUAGAACAAAUAAUGUAUAUUUAUUCUAUAAAAACUUCUUUAUUAGUAUAAUGGCUCUGUUUUAUGUGUUUUCUUCUAAGUUCAAAGGGCCCCAUGCCUCUCAUUGCCUAGGGCCCCACAUUUCCUAAAACCGCCCCUGGCUGAGCCCAGUCUGCCUGUUAUUAAAUAUAAUGGGAAAAGGUAGAAACCCGGUGUUCCAGUUCUGACCAGCACUGUUACUCUGAUGCAUUUAAGUCAUGUCAGUAUUGCCACUUCUCUCAAACCAGCCAUGUCACAAUUUAUAUUUAUAUUGUAUUAUGAAGCUUUUCAGUACUUUUUAAAAUGAUAGACGCAGUUAAUAGAAGGAGCUGAAUGAUGAUCUUUUCUAAACAUAAAUGUUUCUCCUUAUGGUUGAACUGUGCUACAAUUUUAUCAUUUUAAAAAUCUUUUGAAAGAAGCUCUAUGUUGGCCUACGGUUUUUUCAGCAAUCUGAGUAUUUGGAUAAUUAUUAUAUAACAGCCUUUUACAUUGUUAAAGAGAUGAAAAUUCAGUUUUGUUUGGUUUGGGGUUUUUGUCCAAGUUAUUGCCCUGUUUGGUUUUGAAACAGAAGUUAUGUUUAAUCUAUUUAUGAUUUUUCAAUAUUAAAGUCUCUAAAUGAUCUAGGUUUGGAAAAUAACUUUUGCUACUUUAGAAUCAGAUGCUGGUUCACUACUGUGAUGUUGCAUGAUUUUAAAAAAAUCUGAUUUUACCCAAAAUCCGUUUUUGCAAAAUCUGGAAAUAGGGAUCAGAAAUCGCCGCUGGCAGUAAUGAUUGCUUUUGAUCUAUAAAUGUUGCUGCAAAUGUUUUGUUUUGACAGAUAUCUGAAACAGUAGAACCACUGAAAAAUAAUUCAUUUAAUUUACUGAUAAACUGAAUACUUUUUCCACAACAUCCCCGCUGCCUGUAUUAAUUGCCUCAUUGGCUCUCAAAGCCAUUUAAUCAACUGUGCCCUUGUUCCUCUACUUCUUAUUUGCUACUAAACUUGAACUUAUAAUAUCCAUUGUUUUAUUAAUUUGUAAGGAAACGACAUCUCUAUUGAGAAUACCUUUUUUGGGGGGGUGAGGGAAGAAAAAGCACCUACUCCAUCUUGUUGUAAAGCCAAUAAGUAGCCACAAAUUUAUUGAACAUAUCUUUUUCUGAAAUGUCUUCUAAAUCAAGAAAUGUCGUGUUUAUGUUGUCUGUUUACCACAACAGGUAGUUGUACACUUGGGACCAAAUGACCCAUCAUUAUCAAUAAAGUUUGGUUGUUUAAAUAUGUCUCAAAAACCUGACCAGUUUAAAAAUAAUAAUUCAAAGACUAAUUGUGAUUUGUUCAUACUUUCUGCUUUCUAGAUUUUUAAGUUAAUGCUGGUUCUAAAAUAUGGCAACAGUUGCUACAAAUCUUUAUACUUGAACACCGUAUACUUUAGUUUAAGGCUCCCUGUAGGGAAUUUUUUUUUUAAGCUUUUAUUUUUGCCCAAAGCCCUGUACUGCUUUUUCUUCUUUUACUUAAAAUGUUUGAAAAGUAUGUUUCAUGUUUUUUUUCUUCAAAUUUCAAAUUUAUUUAUUUUUUUUAUUAUUAUUGGCUGCCAACUGUGUAAGCAAUUAUUGAAAAUUGAAAAUCAAUUUUGAAUUGAACAGAGUACAGUGCCAGUAAUAUGUUUCAUCUGCCUCACUACUGCCACCUGCUGACAAAUAUUAUAAGAGCAUUCUGAGUAUGUUUUGCUCAACUGAUGAUGUGUGAGGAUACUUGAUCUGUUUUAUUUUAUUUAUGAGGCCAGUAGUGGUGUAAAAUCUUGAAGUGGUCCUGUGUUCAAAGACAAUGUUUGUUUAGGUGUUUUACACACGUGCCUCGGUUAUCUGAUAUGUUUUUAGAAUCUGUACAAAUGUGUUUAUGUUAAUAUUGAAAAAAACCUACGUGAAGAGAGACUAAUUUUACCAUAUUUAUGCAACUUACAUGUCAUGAACUCUGUUUUCGCUGUCCUGUUUUUUACAACAAUUAUGUCAAACAAAGACGUGUGGUCAACUUUGUAAAAAAAAAAAUAAUAUUUGUACCAAUCCCUAA